AUGAGUUUAUAUUAUCUUUCUCUUCCUUAUAGUGUUCCUUACAUGAUUGCUUAUGCAAACAAAGAAGGAAAUCUUAGUUUGUUCUUACAAGGAAGUUAUUUAUCAAAUUUGGUUCCUUCCGAACAAGGCCGAUUGUAUUUGAUUCCUGAAAGUGAUAACUAUACAGUUUUCCUUGAAAACGGAAAAGCCAUGGAAAAUGUCAUUGCUCUUUAUCUUCCAAUUGUCAACCAGUUGCAGUUUAUUGCUAAUGAUUUCAUGACUGUUGGUUAUUCAUUAGGAUAUACAUUGUAUGAUAUGAGUUAUGAGAAUCCGAAACCUUUAGAAUGGCUACAAAUCAUUCCAAAUGUCUGUAGUUAUUGGCACGAAUUAUUAUUCAAGAGAAGAUUUUAUUUGUUUUUGAAUGAAAAUCUUCUCGAUUUGACAACUUUGGAAACAUCAUUUAAUGAAUGCGCAAACCAAAUAAAGAAGACAGAAUUAACACCAGAAGUUGCUGGAAGAUUGGCAACUUACAUGAAUUAUAUCAAAAAUGGCCCAAAGAAACCAAAAUUUGCUGUUAGAUAUAUCAGUGAAAUUUUGGAAAAUCCAAAAAUUCCGAAAUCAUCUGACAAAGAAUUCGAAAGUUUCUAUAAUCAAAUUCAGAUUAAUACUGUUGAAGAUGCAAUGUAUAACUUCAUUUGUGAAGCAGCUUCUAUUCGUGAAUUGGCAGCUGAAUAUUACAAAGUCAAAGUUACUACACAAAAUAUCAAUGGAGAAGUUUUGAUUGCAAUGGUUUGUACAGGAAUAAUUAUUUAUUCAAAUGAUAAUGCAAAGAAUGAAUUGAUGUUUAUUCCUUUCUAUUCACUUGACAAUUAUUAUUUCGAAGAGAAAUCAAAGAUAAUUUUGGGUUUCUAUCUCGAAAAUAAUUCGUAUUUGACAUGUACAAUUGAGUCGAAAGAAUUCUUUGAUCAUAUUUCUUCUUAUAUCAUUGAUCUCUUAGAUUUAUUAGGAUUCAUCAGAUCUUCAGAUCAAACAAUUGCUUUAAGACCAGAAUUUAACAAUUUCUUCCAAAUGAAUGAACCAACAAACAUAGGUGAUGAUAAUUUCGAAUUAGAAAACUUUGAUGUCAUACCUGCACUUGAUGUUAAUUUAGAUGCAAACCAAACCAAUGAAUAUCCUAAUUAUAAUGAUGAAGCUUUCGAUUUGGAAAGAUCAAAUCAUCUUUUGGUUCAAGCACAAACUUUAAUUUCUAAAAAUGCUUCUCUUGGAGAUCUCGAAGCUUUGACGAAUUUGAUGGAAAUGGCCGCAAAUUCAAACAAUUUAUCAAAAAGCGACAAAGAUAAUGUCAAAGAUAUUGUUAAGAAAUGCAAUAGUUUGGUAUCAAAGAAGUCAAAAGGAAAAGAUGUUUCGAUCAAGAAAUCUGAUUUGAGUUCUAUUAAUUCUACUCUCGAAAAAUUGAUUUCUUCAAACAAUAAGAAGAUUUCAGCUGUUCCUAAAACAAACAAAUCAACAAAAUUGGCUGGCGAUGAAGUUGAUUUGACAAAGUUAAUGUUUGCUAUGGCAAAUGCAGCAGGAGAAGUUUCAGUUUAUUCAGUUGUCAAUCAAGACAAAAUGAAGAAUUUGGAAAUCAAUGCAAAAGAAUUUUCCGCUCACAUGGAUUUGGCUUCAAAAGAUGUUAUGAAUUUAAUUCCACUUCUUAAGACAGAAGAAGGAAAGAAACAAGCUUUACAGAAAUUAGUUCAAUUCAACAAAGUUUGGGAUGAAUGUCAUGCUUAUGUUUCAAAAGCAUCUUCAAAAGGAGAUAAAGAUUUACAAACGAAUUCUGAAGUUGCAGAAUCAUUCAUUGAUUAUUUGAAAGAAGUUCAAAAUAGAUUGAUAAAUGACCUUCAAAAAGGAAAAGUCAAAUAUCACAUCUAUCCAGGAUCAUCAGACAAUUUAUCAAUUGCGAUUUCUGCGAUCAAAGAAGUAAUGGAACAAAUCAAAAAUAUCAGACAAAAUGAUCCAUAUUCAAAGGCGAUUUCCAAUUUAAGUUAUUCAAGAUUACAGAAACACUUAGAUGAUAUAACAAAAUUGGAACCAAUCAUUUACCAAACUCCGAAGAAUCCAGAUGCAAGAUUUGCUAUUCAAUCAAAUUUAGUUAAAUCAAGAGAUGUUGUUCAGAAAUUAAAUGACUUGAAACUCAUAAAAGGAACGAUCUUUCUUGAACAAAUACAAUCAGCUGUUAAUAAUGUUUCAGCUCUUAACAUUACUCCUGAUACUAUUGAUACAAUUUUAGAUGAAUGCAAAGCAAUCUUGGAGUCAAUUGGAAACAUCAAUAAUUUGCACACUUCUCAAUUUUCUGACAAAGUUAAAUCAUCUGUUAGUGAAGUUUCCAAUCUAUUGAAGACAACAAUUGAUCAAUUAAUUAAAUCUAAACAACCUUUGAUACAAUGCCCAUCUAGUGGACAAAUAAUCAAAGAAGUUCAUCAUAAUUUAAUUGAUCUUAAAAAUGAUCUGAGCAAAAUCAAUGAAACUGCACAGAAACUAAAAGAUUUGACUUAUGAAGGAUCAUGUGUUUUGCUAGCUUCAAGUUUAGAGAAACAUGUUAACACAGCAUUAGGAGACAUCCAAUUCAUUGAUAAUCCAGAAGAUAUGAAACAUUACAGUGGCUUAAUGCAAGUUCAACUUGACACAGCAAAACUUAUCAAUACAAUUCAAGAAACUCUUGAUAUUGCACCACAAACUAAUGAGUUUCCAACCACACUUAAGGCUUCUUAUUGCAGAUUAGUUGCUUCUCGUAAUUUGUUGAAUGAAAAACCUUUUGAUCCAAAUUUGUUGAAUUUACAAAAAGAUCAACUUUACAAAUUAAAAGAAAAUGUUGAAAACAUCCAAAAAACAACUCAAAACUUCCAAAAUCCUAUUGAUAUUGUUCUUAAAUCAAUUGAGAAUGCAUUGAGAUUGCUAUCUCAAGCUCAAUUAACUCCAUUUAUCGAACCUCCAACUAAAGAAACAGAUGAAAAACUUAAAAACAUGCUUGAGAAAAUCAUUGAUCAAAGUCAAAAGAUUUUGACUGUUCCUGAAAUGAUAAGAAACAGGAAUUUAUCAAAUUCUGUUCAAUCAAUGAUUAAACAUCUUGACAAAGUCAAACCAGUGUUAAGCAAAUCAUCAGAACUCAAAGACAUUGAUUACUUGAACAAAUUACUUCGUUUGAUGAAAGAAAUUACAUCAUAUGACUUGUCAUUAAUGAGUUGCCAAGCUUAUGCAAAUGAUUCUGAUCUAAAGAAGUUUAUUGCUGAAUUCAAAGAUAUGAUAACAGGAUUGACAAAGAGCCAAAUUCCAAACAAAUCAAUUUUGACCGAUCAAAUUUUGAAAGAAUUGGAACAACUCAAAGUUUUUGCUGAAAAAUCUAAGAAACAAAAAGUUUCUCAAGUUGCAAAUGACAUUAUUUUAGCAACACCUAAGAAAGAGGAUCUAUUAAAUAUAAAUCCAACUGAUCUUUCUCAUGUUGUUGCCAAUUUCGAAGUUUUGAACAGGGAAAUUCCAAAUAAUUUAUCAGAUGAUUUACAAAAACUUUUGAAUUUGUUUAAUAACAAACAUACUACAAUGCAGAAAUGCUACAGAUUGUUACCAUCAACAAAGAGAUUUAACUUUGAUGUUAAACCAUAUGUAAGAUGCGGAAAAUCUGCAAAUACAGAAGAGAAUUUGUUGACUUUAGAUAACAUGAUCAAAGCAUUUGACAAUUUAAUUAAAACAAUUGGUCAAAGUGAAAUGGUCGACAAAAAAGAUCAAACAGUCAAAGAUCUGCAGAAAUUGGUUAGUUCAUUUAAUAAUGGUUCAUUAGUUGAAUUCAACAAUGAACAGAAUAUCAUGAAUCAAUUAAGUAACAUCAUUGAUUGUUUACCAGUAAUCAUUGGAAAUUCAAGAAAUAUUUCUUCAAUGAUAGAAGACGAUGAUUUCACAAUGGUUAGUAGAAUAAUUGGUGAUAAUUGUGUGGAUAUUCUUGAUAGAUUAAAGAGACCACACAUGACAUCAAACAAUUCACGUCAAUUCUCACAGAAAUUCAUUCCAAUGGUAUUGAAUUUAGCUUCUGCAACAACGAAUUUCGCAAAAUCAAAGAAAGUUACAGAAGAUGAUUUAGCAUCGAAAGAAAUAGAUAAAUUGACUGAUGCUUUGAACGGAUUAUUGUCAACAUUUGAUAGAUUAAGACCCGGAGAGAAACAGCAAUCAUGUGAUUCUCUUUACACAAUGUUGAAUGAAACAAUUCCUAAUUUACAAUUGGAUUCUGAUUAUUCCGAUUAUGUUUCUAAACUGAAAUCAAUGCAAGAAUUUCUUUCUGACUACACUUCAUUACCUGUUGUUCAUAUUCACUCCUCUGAUGCUUUGUUACCAAGAAGUCCUUCUUCUAUCGAUAAUUUGGAUGAAUUGUUCAGAUUAUGUAUGGAAGUUGUUUCAAGAGAAAAUUCAAGAUUAGAAAAAGUUGAAAUGGAUAAAAUUUCAGUAGGUUUACAGAACAUUUUAUCUAAUAAGAACAAAUUCCCGGAUUAUAUCAAUAAUGCAGCAGAAAUAUCGACUAGCUUUAUCAAAGGAUUUAAUCAAAAACAUGUUUCAAAUACUGCGAGAUUGAUUUCAAUUUGUGAUGAUGACUUCAACGACAGAAUUUCAAAAUUAAGAGAAUUCAUUAUCAAAACUUCCGAAAAAACAUGUAAUUUACUCCCAACAAUCAGCAGAGAAUUCAAUGAUAUGUUAACAAAAGUUAAGAUAUCUCCAAAGAAGCAACAAUACCUAAAUGAAUUACAAAGUAUGUUGAAUGAAGAAAAUUUGAAAUCAAUUGUUGAUUCUAAUUCUCUUUCUUCAGUUUCUUUGAAUUAUCCAACGAUUCAAAAAAUUGCAAAACCAUUGAAUUUGUUGAUGCAAGAUGAAUCAAACAAUAGUUCAUUAUCCAAUCUAUUGAAUGCACUUGUUGAUUUCUUAUGUUGGAAUGAGCAAUGUAACCAAGGAAUUUAUGAAUUCAUGAACCAAUUAAUGACAACAGUUGUUCAAAACUUUGAAGAUUUGAAUCCAAAACUAGAUUCAGAAGAAAAAAUCAAACAAGAAUUAAUAGAAAUCAAAAAGAAAUGGACAGAAAAACUUGGAAAUGCAAACAGAUUUAGAUUAUUAACUAAUCAACACAUCUCCGAAUGCGCAAAUGAUCUUUUGGAAGUUAAAUAUCGUUUAUUACCAGAUUUAAUGAAACUCAUUCCUGAUUUAGAACAAACAUCGAAUUUACCAAAAGUUUGUACAGAAAUGGAACCAAUAAUUCCUAUAUUAAGGAUAUUAGGAAGAUCAUUAGCAGGUUUCCAGUUAAAUACACUAUGUAAUAUCAUGAAUUCAUGGAUAAUUGCUAAUGAUAUUAAAUCAAAUCUUUCGAAUGCAAAUUUCGAAUUUUAUCCAAUCUUUACGUCACUUUCAUAUGUGAAAGAAGCUUCUCCAUCAAUGAAAAACAAUAAGUUCACUAAACAGGCAGAACUUUGUUUCUCAACUGCAACAAAAAUAGGUUCAUCAACUAAACAAGUUGACAAUGCUUCGAUGGAUGAAUUAAUCAAAGAAAUCACAGACUUGCUUUUGAUUUCAAAUGAAGUUGUAAAAAUCGAUUUCGUUUCAUCGAAACCUUUGUUGUUGGAGAAUGACUCUAAGAUCAAUUUAUCUGCAUUAAACAACAAAUCAAUGAUUGCUGCAUCAGAAUUAGCACAAAAGAUUUACAAACAAACGCAAAAUGAAAAUGAAAACACAGAAGAAAUUCCUAAAGAAAUUGAUCAAAAAAUGGAAAAUUUGGUUUUGCCGACAAAUGAAAUCAAAGUUGUUGAAUGCUCUUCUAUUAAUGAUGCAGGCGUCUUUGCACAAUUAAUGCUUGAAGACAUGUCUUCUGAUUUGUAUCAUUCAAUCUUUAUCCAAAGGAUCAAAUCUUUGAUGAACUUGUACAAAAACAAUUUCCCUGGAAUCAUUGACAUGGUUUCUCAAAGUGAAUUAGAUUUCACGAAAGAAGAAGUUAAAAAUGCGUUCUUAAGAAUCAACAGUUAUUUAUCUAAUGUUAGUGAUAUUGAGAAAUCAAUCAAAGAACUCAAAACUGAUGAGUUAAUUUGUCAUUUUUCAAUUCUUUCUUAUAUUUCUUCGAAUAUUUCAUCAAGAUCAAUUAAAAUGGAUACUUAUUUAACAGGAUCAAUCCAAUACCAACAGAAACUACUAGAAUCAGCAAUAAUCAACCAAUCAAAAUCAUCAAAACCAUUAAAUGCUUUGAGUUCUCCAGACAUUUUCAGAUUAAUUAACAAUUUAAUUAAUUUGUGUCAUUUUUCAAUUCAUGUUUCAUCAAUUUUACAAAUUUUACUCAGUAUAAAAUCAACUAAUAACAAUGUAACAAACUUUGACUUGUUCAAACAUCAGAACAUUCUACAAAAUGAGUUAAUUUUAGUAAAAGGUGGAGAACUAUUGACGAAUUAUGUCAAAACAUUAUCGAAUGAUGAAAUUUCAACACAAAUCAAUUGGAUCUUGAAUAUCUUAGAGUUCCUAUCUUCUAGUUAUGAUGAUAUAAUUAAUAAUGAAACAGGAAAUCUUUCCAAUUCUAAAAUCAUUAAAAUUUUAUCAACCAAAGUUAAAUUUGAAAAAAUUAAUGAUUUUAGUUCGAUUUAUAAGUUACAAAGUACAUUGUUCAAGUCAAUGAAGAAGACAGAGUUAGUACUUAAAUUGUUCUUUAUUUUACAAGCUCAAAAAGUUGUUCAUCAGAUAGAGAAUUUGGAUGAAGAUGUUUCCAACGAAAUUUCAUUAAAUUUGAUGAAAACUGAGAUUAAAUCCAUCUUUGAUCAAAUCCAAUUAUGUUAUUCAUCCAACAAAUUGCAAAAACAGAUACAGAGUAUUGAAUACGAGCGAAUCAAAAUCCAGCAAAUAAUUUUAAGACAUUUGAUAACUUAUUUAAUCAAAACAUCGAAUUUAUCAAAUGAUGACCAAUUGAUGAAUCAUUAUAUCAACGAAUUCAUUGCAUUUUCUGAGUCAUUGAUAUACGCAAAUCCUAUUAUUUUGAACAACCAGAACAUCAAGAAAGAUUUCUCUAUUUCAAACAUAAUUCUUGAAAACAGAAUUGAUACAUUUUUAGUCAAGAAAUCAAUCGAAAUGUUGAAUGAUUUCAGCAUUUUCCAGUUGGAAAACACAGGACAAAAAUCAUCUAAAAGCAAGAAACAAAGUAAGGCAGAUAUGCUAACAGAAGAAGAAGCAAACAAAUGCUUAAAUAUCCUAUCAAAUGUUCAUCAAAAUGGAAUAACCGAACAAAACAAAUCUUUAAUUAAACAAAGUUCAAAAGGAAUUAAUUCGAUUUUGGUUGAAGAACUCGAACAAACGAAGAAUCUUUCUAAUUCAAAAGAGGGUUUUAUUGCUUUAAUAACAUCAGCAAACAUAUUAGAUAGAAUAUGCAUAUUAGAGAGAUUAGAAACAACAGGAAUUAAAGUAAAUCCUCCAGAAAAAAUCGAGAAAAGUGACAAUUUAGAUGUUUUAGCUUUAACACAAAGAAUGAAAUAUAAUGUCUCCAUUUUACAAUUGAGAUUAUCUAAACUAUAUCAACAGAGUUGUGGUCUCAAUCAACAAUUGGUUUCUAUACCUCAAAUUGGUUCUGUUUUGCAGAAAACUAAGAAAGUUAAAAUCAAUAUUUUACGAAACGGAAUUAAAAUCCAAAUGAAUUUGAUUGAUCAAAUUAAGGAUCUUGAAAACCAAAUAUCUAAGUCAGAUUCAAAUAAUUUGAUACUGCAACAAUUAUUGAUAUCUGAUUUGAUUACUAUUUUAGGUAAUAAGAAAUCUUUCAAGAGCAAUUUGACUCUAAAAGUUGAAGAAAAUGAUGCUGAAAUGAGAAACAAAAUUUUGGAUUCUGUUGUUGAAUUACAAAAGAAAGAUGUUGUUAAAGAUCCACAAUGUCUUUUAGGAAUGAAAUGUGAAGAAUAUAACUCAAUGAACAGCAAAAGAUUAGUAUUCCUAAAUAUGGAGAAAUUCCAAAACAAAACAUUUUUGCUAAUCUGA